CAGCGACAAGCAAUGGCUGUUAUAUUGGUCAAAUAUCGGUGGCAAUGAAGCCCUCCAUCCUCACGGACCUCAGUGCCGCUGUUUGGCUGGCAUAAGAGAGAGGAACCGAGGAUGCAUAAAACACGGCAGAGUCAAUCUAUUUCACCACUUACAGAAGGCGAGGGGUCACUCUGGCUAAAUUCGAUACCACCUAUUUUACCGAGCCACCUCGCAACCAAACCUUUCCCUUUAGGCCACCAGAGAGUCCGGACCAUCCACACCGGCCCAGCACAUGACGCUUUCUGUUGAUUGCUCUCUGCCCACCGCACCGGCCACCCAAAACGGCGGCAAAACAAUCUCGACAUUUGUUGGCGUGGUGCCGGCUCUAGAGGACGGCAAAAGCCUGCACGACCUGCCCAUCGCGGACUCCGUCAAGCCUGAAGAAGCAGGUUGUCGAUGAAGCCGUCACCACCUCGACCUGCGGUGCGUUUUCAGUUACUGGUGCCCAAACUGGAAGGCGUUUCGUCUUCUCUGGCGUUCAGCCAUGCAUGCGGCUCACCUCCGGCAGUCACUCGUCAUGAACUGCUGGUCAGAAAUGCUGUCGAGCUUCGUCAUUCCAAACACCAAGCUCUCACACAUCCAAGAAAUCUCUGAAACUCUCUCAGCUCAGCUGCUGACUUUGUUAUGCAUCGGUCGUUUUUCUACUCUCGCUUGCCCGUGCAGCUCAUUGGCUACGAGACGGUCUGCUACCCAUUGUAACGUGAGUCGCAAAGGACUGACGGGAAUGGGGGAACCGUUUUUACGUUUUACGCGGUAUGGCAUUUUUUGAUGUUACUCGGUACCAUGGGUCCAAACCCCCGUUAAACAAACAACCGAGAUAACUGGCGGCUCAAGGCCUCAGAAAGGAUCCUCUCAUUCCAAACACGGUCCGCAUUCUGUUGAGACAACUCUGACUGGUUGUGCCCUCGCAGAUUCAAGACAUAUGAUUGUAUGUAGCUCACAACCCAAAACAGACAGGGCGGGCACAAGCCUCAGCGGAGUUGCGGGAGUCUAGCAGACGCCACAAUUCCUCUUGCCAGAUAUCGAGAUGCAUAUCCCGAUUCCCCCUGUCGGCUGACCGGCAGCUUUUCUCGCCGUCUUCUGGCCCCGUGUGUCGAAAGGUCUGUCAAUUGCCGAGCUCGGCCAAGAAAGCCAAGGAGGCCACCGUGGACCCUAGUCAGGCUUCUCCAGAUGUCGAUCGGCUUUGCGCACGUUAUCAUCCCCACCAGCUCAGCGCUACGGAGGAAGGCCCCGAAGGAGAGCAUGAACAUGAUAAGAUUGUACCCCAUUCUGAUGUUUCUGCACAGUGUUGUCAACAUCAAACGAUACCAAGUUCUAUGGGAGAGAUAAUGAUGAACGCAGAAGAAAAAGGGGCAUAUGUAGCUGCCCGGCCGCCUCUGCCUAUCGUUGCAGCUGUGGGAUCGAGGGUGGGCGGACCGAAAUGCCCCCUCUGAACCAAAAACCGCGUCUUUUGUGGUUGCAGCAGCGCCAUACAGCUGGCUAUGAGAGGGUGAAAGGGGCGGGGGGGAGGGGGGAACACAGAGGGCGCAGGUACGGGAAUAACGCAGGCUGCCAGCACGACCAGCGCCAGAGGGCUGCGGAGGGAGUAGAGUCUGGUACUGCCUCCCCAAUGUGGUGCUCGGCAGGUCUGGGCAGGGUGGACUUCGAUUCCAUCGUUCGGUUACACUGAUUUCGGGCUGUAGCUGACAUUAAACGAGUCGCCGACCUGGGAGGUUGCCAUCCAACUGAGCCAGUAGUAUGCACAUCAUUUAUUAACUUGCCCUUCCGGCCCAGCCCGAGCCAGCCAUCGUCCCUCUCGUUUUUCCCCGACUCAACCACGAACCUGUUGCUGCAGAAUAGAUAGCCACCACGCGGAGAGCCUUCCGUUCGGGGGGUGAGAGGGAGGGCUGUUUUGGGAAACUGUGAUGGGACGUGGUCGUCGAUGGCGACGUUGUGAGAUGUUGGACCAGAGGACAGAACCAGACAAGGCUCGGAACAUUUUCUUUUGUUUUCAAGAGCCAAGCAUUUUUACUUUAUCGAACGUCUUUCACUUGAAUCAAAACGGUCAGCGCUGGGCCCAAGUCGGUCCAGCCUCUUCUCCUCCCGCGCUCCCGUGUCAACCGGUAGCUGGCAGGUCUGGGGCCAAGAAACUGGCCAAUCGUGGAUCUUGACCCGAUUCACUCAAGUCCCGUCCCCUCGGAGUGGGCUGGCAUGGCUGGCCGAGCAGGGGGGAGGAAAUACCCUUGUCCCUCCAUCGGGUGCUUCGUUGCCCCUUGCUUGUCCAUCGGCCCUUGGCAAGCCUUUUCACCCCCGGAUCUCUCUUUCUCUCUUCCUGCUUGCCCAGCCUUGACCCUCUUGCUCGUUGUGGCUGGCCCGGCAGCUUUCCAAAUGAUCGUCCCACAGUGUUGUUAUUAGGCUCAAACCUAGCGUUGUGGAAAACGGAGCAUGUGUGAGGAGGAAAAGACCUUUCAAUCAAUCUUGGAUCUUGUGGCAUGCCGGGGAAGCGAUUUACACAGCAAUCAUUUUGAUGCGCGGUGGACAGACGCUGGGUGGUUGUGUUGUCUCAGGGCUUGGAUAAUACCCGUCCGACUCCCGAAUCCCUUGCAGGACGUUGUGUUUUGUGUUCGACAUCCACCCCAGUUCCCGUGGCCUUUUUCCAACGUAUCUCGAACAGUGCUGCUUUCUAUUCCCCCCUUCGAGGCGCCAUGGUUUCAGUGUCCUGAUGUCAGUAUACCGAUACAGCGGCUGAGGUGCAUGGAUGAGGUGGACAGGGCCCUACAUCAUCAUCACUCAACGAUAGAUUGGUCCUUGUGGCAAACUGUGAAGCUUUUUUCCCUCAGCAUACGAUCACCCACGAUAUAGCAGCAUGGUUGGGGGUAGGCGGUUGCUGCUUUCGAUCGCGGCGCUCUCUGGCGCUGGCCUCAACAAUGGAGUUGAAGCUCGGUUCAGGAGGCAAGAUGGAGCAGGUGUCGAUGUCGUCCAGAACGCUACAACACCAAUAUCAGAACCAACAACACCAGUCAUCACAUCAACUCCUGAUCCACCACCAACACCAAUAGACUUGCCUGGCACACCUACUACCUUCACAACCACCAAGAAAGUGCCGCCAAUAGGGCCGCCUCGACCUGGGAUAUCGGCUGCGGGCAUUAUCGAGCUUGAUGAGACCAUCGGGGUGGACGAUGAGGAGGAAGUUACUGUACUUGGCGGGGGUCUUUUGAGGCUGACUGCUGCCUCGAACGCGCAGCCUACGCCAGCAGAGGAGGAGUAUGUGUAUCCGGGGGAAUACGGCUCAGGUGGGACGUUGACGACCGACACCAACGCCUUCACACGGACUGUACUCCCGACCAGGGUAUCAGUUGUGCCAAAUUUGGGGACCGUCAGAGGUCCGCCGCCAGUCGAAACGACAACAUCGAUUAUAUCUCCUCCGAUCAGGACGCCACCAACAAGGCCACCCGCCAUCCCAGCCCCGGUCGCGGCCCCGCAAGAUGGGGUUCAGAAUAUUGAUCUGGGCGAUCCCAUGCAAGAGACGCCAGCACCAGAAGAGCAGGAGCCGGAGCCAGAACCGGAACCGGCGCCCGCACCAGCACCCGUGAUACCAGGUAUUCCGGGAGGUGGCCGUCCUGCCGGUCCUCCGGUAAGGACGUCAAAAAGUGUAGUAACCGCAAUCGUCACGGAAAUCGACCUGGGGCAUGGUAAUCCCGCUACCACGACAUCUACAUCGACGUGGAACGGGUACUCCAACUCGACCUUUGUGACGUCGGUGCUGUACCCCAACCAAACUACACCACAUAUCUCUACGCCCACAGCCACUCUUAGCUUUUGCCAACCUUCAGACUUGACUAUUCCCCCUACGGUAUGGUCGAUUGUCUACACAAGCACGCUGACUUGGUUUGGCAACCCUGAGGAUUACACGCCUGAGUAUCCCCCCAUCUCGACCCCGCCGGUUUCAUCGUGUGUCCCGUCACCACCCAGGUUGACCGUCUCGCGAUGCUCGUCUACAAGCACCGGAGAGGAGAACACACCUUGUUUUGUGACGGUCACAGCGUCCACGUCUUAUCCCUGGGGCUAUGGACCACAGACAAGCACUGUGCCCAACACUGUCACUUUUGUCACGACGGACAAGAACCCGGCUGUGAUUUACACCUCCAUGAAGCCACCUAAUUAUGGUGUUACCCAACCGCCACGGACUCAAGCUCAUCAUGAGUCCCUCACGGAAGAUGGCGCUGCUUCUCCCAUCUCGACGCCGUCGUACGGCUCUGAGCCCAAUAAUCCUGGCCCUAACAACCCGAGCAAUCCGAACAACCCAAGCAAUCCUAACAACAGCCCGAGCAGUCCAAACAACCCCAGCAAUCCCUCCAACCCCAACAACCCAAACAACCCAAACAGACCCCAACCCAUCGAAGAGUCCCGCUCAGCAACCAUAACCCGCUCCCCGGUAACAGUAAUAAUCCAACCAACCGCCAUUGUCAUAAACGACAACACAAUCAAAGACAACACGACAAAAAAAACCCAAGUCGUCAUCGUCUCGGGCGAGACCUUUACGAUCGACCCAACAAGGGUGGUAGGCGCAGACACAACCAUCGACCGCGUCACGGCCACAGGAGGAGGGGUGUACUACCCCUCCACGCCCACCACGACCUCCUUACGUGGCGUACAAGUAAUCCUGACCUCGUCCCGGGUGAUAAUCGGUGGAUCAACUUACACCUUCUCCCCCACCUCCACCAUCGCCGUAGUCAACGACGAGACAUUCACCAUCGGUCCCACGGCGAUCGCUGCCGGGUCACAAACCCUCAACCUCCCUGCUGCUCCUGUUCCGACAGAGGUCGUGGUGGUGGGAGGAGAGCUGAUUACUGCCAUUGGCCCCACCUUGGCCGUCAUCUCUGGGAGUACGAUAACUUAUGGUAGCACCGUCUCGACGACGACUAUAGGGGGUGAUGUCAUUACUUUUGGUCCUGGGGGUGUGACGGCGCAUGGGACGAUCACGCUUGGGGGGAGUGCCGCAAGGCCGGGGGAGACGCAGUAUGUCGUUGCUGGGGGCGCGACUAUCACCAAGAUUGGGGCGAGCGUGGUGGUGGUGAAGCAGACUACGUAUACUAUCGCGCCGGCGGCGGCGGGGGGUAUGGGGGAUAGGAUGGUUACCACUACUGUUGGGGGGGAGGUGAUCACCAUUGGGCCGGAGGGGGUUGUGGUCGGGACGACGACGAUGGGGUUUCCUUUUGGGCCUACGGUUGUUAUCACGCCUGGGGGGAGGGGAGGGGGGUUUGCUGCUGCUACGGGGGUUGUGGAGGGUGAGGAUGAGGAGGAUGGAGGGGUGGCGGUUGGGAUCAGCCGGGGGAUGUUGUUGGGGGUGGUGGUGGGGUGGUUGGCGUGGAUGGUUUGA